AGUUUAGUAAUGGGGAUAUAUACGGCCAGCUGCGGCCAGGACAGCGCGAGCGGGCAGGUCAGCAGCGCACGUGCCAGGCUCCUGGGCCCUUCUUCCUACGCACAAGUCCUUUCUGUCCUGGUUUUCUUCGUCCGGUCCUGAAACCCACUCCAUCUUCGGCUCUCUUGGCUGUCGCCCAGCCCCCACCCCAAGCUCUGAACCUCGUCCUCUGCAAAAGCGAAAUGACCACAUCCAUGAAUUUCUCACAUGGUUUGGAAGCGGAGCUGGUCCAACCCUAUAACUUCGAGAUGUCUCAGGAUUUAAGGCCCUUUUUGGAGGAGUACUGGGUAAGUUCAUUCCUCAUCGUUCUCGUCUAUCUGUUGCUCAUCAUUGCGGGCCAGAAGUACAUGAGAGCGCGGAAGGGCUUCAGCUUGCAGGGGCCUCUCAUCCUCUGGUCCUUCUGUUUGGCUGUGUUCAGCAUCCUGGGCACAGUGAGGAUUUGGAGGUAUAUGGGAACCCUGCUGUUUACGAGGGGCCUCAAGCAGACUGUGUGCUUUGCCACCUACACUGAUGACACCAUAAUCAAAUUCUGGUCCUGUCUCUUUGUUCUCAGCAAGAUUGUUGAACUCGGAGACACAGCCUUCAUCAUCCUGCGUAAGCGUCCUCUCAUCUUCGUGCACUGGUACCACCACAGCACAGUGCUGCUGUUCACAAGCUUCGGAUUCAAGAACAAAGUGCCUUCAGGUGGCUGGUUCAUGACCAUGAACUUGGGUGUACAUUCCAUCAUGUAUACCUACUACACUCUGAAAGCUGCCAAAGUGAAGCAUCCCAGCACACUUCCUAUGGUCAUCACCAGCUUGCAGAUCCUGCAGAUGGUCAUGGGGACCAUCUUUGGCAUCCUGAAUUACAUCUGGAGGCAGGAAGAAGGAUGCUACACAACGACGGAUCACUUUUUCUGGUCCUUUAUGUUGUACGGGACCUAUUUCAUCCUAUUUGCUCACUUCUUCCACCAAGCCUACCUCAGGCCCAAGGGCAAAGCUAAGCCCAAGAGCCACUGA